ACGUCACGACAUCCGAACCACAAUAAUAUCGCAACGAAAACAAAUAACCAAAAAAAGGGAAAACAAUUGUGAAACUUGAAUAUUUACGAUCCAAUUUCAAGCAAAAGAUUUUAGAUAAAAAUACAAUAGAUUUUUGAUACCUACUAGAACGGACAUAGAUAGAGAUCAUUGACUAAGACGGCUAAAUAAAACAAACGUGAAAAUUCACUAUCAACAAAAACAAAAAAUUGAGACAAUGUAUUUUUGGUAUAAGCUAAAUAGGAUCAUAAAGAUGAGAUCAUUGGCUUAAAUAAAAACAAAAGACGAGAGAAAGAAGUGAAAACUAGCUUCCUCGCUGCAAGGAGGAAAAAUACAGAAAUAAGUAAAAGAUAACUGUCUGAACUAAGACGAAAGUGAGACGAAAUCAUCAAUGAUAAAGGUGAAUGGAUGAAAUACUACGAACGUAGUGGUGUUUAGAUAUCUACGGCGUAGGCGACGCAGUAACUGAGUGAUGCUGAUGGAAUAUAUAUAUUUGAAGGAGGAGCAUCGAUAAUCAAUUAUGGGCCCAAGUUCACGCACGCACGUCCCUUGUGUGUAGCCGGGAACGUGACAUGCCCCGCUGGCAGUCUUCGCAGCGGCCUAUGUACGUCCGCACGGUCUGGGUCGACGGCUUCCGACACGCGAUUCUCACCCCUGACGACCCCUACUACACCAAAGUCAAGAGGCGACCACACUCAUCCGCCAGCACUACGAAAUACUCGAAUUCUAGACUGAGCAUCAGAGACGAAGGAGAGAGGAAAUUGAGCCUUGUUAUCAGAAGCGAUAAGUCGAAAAUUGUAAGCAAGCAACGCCCGAAAAGCCACGAACCGAUAGAGCUGCUGAACUUAGAAGCUUUAGAGCUAGAAUCGGAAGACGAGUUUUUGUUAAAAGCUAAUCCGCAACCGAUCUACGAGUACAACACCGGACGAUCCAACUACGAUUUAUCAGCGAACAUGAGGGCAUUUAAAAGCAACCGGACAGCUAGGAACGAGUGCAAAGAAAACACAGAUCUAUCCGACAGAGUUUUACAAUGGCUAGAUCUAGCCGGCAAAAUAGACUUGCUGGCUCCAAACGCGGAACGCAUGGCGCAACCGCGACACAGCUGGCCAGAAAUACAGAAGCGCAACUGUUUAAGCAAAUCAAAAACAACCGUAGACAUAAGGGUUAAAGAAGAGGUUAAAACGCCGAAGGAUUCGGCAAGGACCCAAGGUAUCGAUCGCGAUUACCAAGUCCCGCCGUCGGCGGCCACUAUCGAGACAUACGCGCGACAGUCACGGCAAAGAAACACGCCACGCGAUGCAAAAAAGGACAAAACGAAAAGAGAUAUACGGGCCAACGUCCUGGAGACACGGCAGAAAGUUGUGACGGAGAGAAACGCGGUGGAAAAACAGUACGAGGAGUUAGUUAGCAAGAAAUUGAUACCGGAUUUGGGUAAAGGGAAAAAGCAGGUGCACAUUUUUAUGCCGGAAAUGAUUAAGAAGAAUUGUAAUAGCAGGACGGAGAGUCUUCUGUCUCAGGUGUCGUGAUUUGAAUAAAUUAUAAAAUUGA